UUUGUCACUGAAAUAAAAGUAAUUUUUUUAUUUACAAACAUCAUAAAUAGAAGUUCUUGUUUUUUUUUUAAAUCUGUUUAGAAAUUUCAAAAUUUUGUUGUGUGAAUAUUUUUAACUUUUAAAAUAUUAUAUUAAAGAAAAUGGACAAAGAAGAAGUACUUUACAAAUUAAAACAGAAAUGUCAAAACAAAAAUUAUCGAAAACUGUCAGAAAUUGAACAAAGAUCUUCAAAUUAUCAAAAUGAAGAUUUAGUGUACAAUAUGGAGCAACGGACUUUUUUAUCUUUUUCAACUGAUUUAGUUUGUAUUAUAGCGUUCAUAUUUUUCGGAUCUGUUAUCUUUUGGUUUUCAAUCGCAAGAUUUUUAGUUGACUGCUUGAGAACAACUUAUCAUUCUGAUCGAUGCACAAAGAUUUUUGUGUCAGGGCUUUUGACAAUACUUUUCCUUUCAAUUACAACUCGAGUCAUUUUAAAUAAAAUGAGUUGGAAACAUAAGCUGAGUCAAGAUAAAAUGCAACUUACCAUGAAAAAUAAUUCAGGUACAAGUAUUCCUGCAAAGUUGGUUGUACCUCCGAAACCCGAGUAUUUAGAAGUAAAAAUUAAAGAUAAAAAUGUCAGAAGCCGUAUAAGUGAAAAUAAAACUGAUGUAAGCAUACCCAAGAAAUUUACUGUAACCAUUGUUGACGAGAGAAAAAAAGAAGUAUUUAAAACGUCAAGAAAUUUCAAUCUAUCGGGAUUGACACCGGAAAUGAACAAUAAACCAUCCCUAAUUGUUAGUAUAAAAGAUAUUUUAUUGGAAAACUAUUAAAUUUGUUUAGAGUAAAAUAAUUUCAAAAGU